UUUGCUCGGGAGUGUGUUUCAGUCGGUCAGAUUUUCAGAUCGGACCCACUCGCUGGCGCAGUGCUGAUCCUUUCGGUAAGCUGAAGUGAAAACUGCAGUCAGCUCAGUAAACAUCUGCCCGCGGAACCAGAGAUGCCGAAGAAGAAAACCGGUGCACGGAAAAAGGCUGAGAGUCGUAAAGAGCGAGAGAAACAGAGCCGAGCCAACCGGGAACAUGUUGAUGUGGCCAAACACCCCUGCAACUCUAACAUGGACUGUGACAAAUGCCAGAGAAAACAGAAGAACAGAGCUUUCUGCUACUUCUGCAACUCAGUGCAGAAGCUGCCUGUCUGCGCCCAGUGUGGAAAAACCAAGUGCAUGAAGUCAUCUGACUGUGUCAUCAAACAUCCUGGGAUCCACAGCACUGGGAUGGCCAUGGUGGGGGCAGUAUGUGACUUCUGCGAAGCUUGGGUGUGCCACGGUAGGAAAUGUUUGAGCACUCACGCCUGUGCAUGUCCCCUGACUGAUGCAGACUGCAUCGAGUGUGAGCGUGGUGUCUGGGAUCACGGAGGAAGAAUUUUCCGUUGUUCCUUCUGUCAAAACUUCUUGUGUGAGGAUGAUCAGUUUGAACACCAGGCAAGCUGCCAAAUCCUUCAGGCAGAAACAUUCAAGUGUGUUUCCUGUAAUAGACUGGGACAGCACUCGUGCCUGCGCUGUAAGGCCUGUUACUGUGAUGACCACGCCAAGAGUAAGGUCUUUAAACAAGAAAAGGGCAAAGCUCCACCAUGUCCCAAGUGUGGCCACGAGACUCAGGAGACCAAAGACCUCAGCAUGUCCACUCGCACGCUGAAAUUUGGCCGCCAGGCUGGCGCUGAUGAUGACGACGAUUACUAUGACGGAGCAUCGGGGUAUGACUCCUACUGGAAGAACUUAGCAUCUGGAGGCAGAGACCAACAGGAUGACUACGGAGAGGAUGACGACUACGAGGAAGAUGAGUAUGAGGAGGAGGAUGAAGAUGAGGAGGAAGAGGAAGAUGAUGAUGACGAGGAGGAGGAAGAGGGUGAAGAGGAAAAGGCUGCUGAUUCCCUGGCUGGUCUCAAAUUGGACGGGACUACUGCCUGAACUAAGACAAAGACUGGAGAGCCUGUUGGUGCAGCGCACAGUCCCAUAGAUCCAAAUGAUUUGAAUGAUUUGAUUUAAAAUUAGAAACUGACUCACUGAUUCAAUACUGAGGACUAAAUGCUAUGGACACAUACAGUUGGUACCAAAAAGUAUUGAGUUUUCGAUACCCAGCUCUAGAGGCAACUUAUUUUUUCCUUCAGUUGUUACAGCCACUGCUGCUUUAAUGCAGUUGGAGGCCAUGAGGCCCAAAUUAGCUGUAAAAACCUUUUGACUCCUUUUUGUGGUCAUUUGGUAAACACAGUUUUUCCUGAGAACAUGCACCCUGAAGUUGGAGCAGCUGCUUUUUUCUGUAUCAUUUUUCGCCAGUUUAAGUUUCUGCUUAAAAAUGUUCUUUCAAUGGACCAGUGUGCAGGAUUUAUGGGAUCUAUUGGCAGGAAUGGAAUAUCAUAUUCAAAAUUAUGUUUUCAUUAGUGAACAGUCACCUGAAACUUAGAAUCAUUGUGUUUUUGUUCGCUUAGAACGAACCCUUCCUAUCUACAUAGGGAGUGGGUCUUAUUCCAUGGCACCUGCUAUGUUGCGCUGCCCACUUUUCUGCAGUAGCCCAGAGCGGACAAACCAAACACUGGCUCUAAAGAGCACCUUUUGUGUUUUAUGCCACCAUAGGUUCUCCUACAAGCUUGAAAAGGGAGGGGUAUUCAGUUGGUUGAAAUCAGCAACCUCACCUCUAGAUGCCAUUAAAUCCUGCAAACAUGUCGUUAAUGUUUUAAUCAUAAGAUCUAAUUAUUUCUGUCCAGCAUGUGCUAGCUUAACGCAGAGGCCAAACUGGUAUCAACCCACCAUCUAUUGCUCGAUAAGACGGAAAAACAAUCCAACAAAAUGUUACAGUAAAAGUAAUGGAGUGUCACUGUGAUAAGUAGCACUGAAUUUCAAAUUGUUAUCCCUUACACUUGUUACUGUAAAAAUGUUAUCACAUUAUUGUAAUGUGUUACUAAGAAUUGUAUUACUGCCCAACACUGCCAACUUCACCAUUAAAUAGUUUUUGAGGACCUUAUCAGAGUUCAUAUUGUGCUUCAGUGGUGUGUAUUCCCAAACAAAUGUACAGUUGUUGAAAUCACCACAUACCAACUUCCCCAUGAUGAUAUGGGGCCUUCUGGGGCUGUUGGCAGCACUGUGUGGUUGGUAAUUUGGCCCCAGCUUACAGUGUGAAAUUAAAAGUUAUGAUCAUGAUGUGUAACAACUUUUGUUAUUUCUCUGCAGCUUACUGUGGUUUUACUCUGCUUCAGUACAACACAAAGGUUGCAGAAUAAACUUCGCAUUGUUACCGUGAUCCUUGUAAUCAGCUGCAUUUGUUGAGACGUGCCUGUGUUAACUAUGCCAUUAAACAAUACAAUUCCUUUUGA